UAAAUUGCAGGCGCUGGUUUCUGAAAGGGUCAGAAGACAACCAAAGAACUCGUUGUAAAUUCUCCCUAAUCUCUCUCUCUCUCUCGAUCGAAGAUUUACAGCUCAGAUAUUUGGAAGCUACAAUGACUACAUCAAAGCGUUUGGCUGAUAGAAAGGUCGAGAAGUUUGAGAAGAACAUCAAGAAGCGUGGUUCCGUGCCUGAAACGACAACAAAGAAAAAGGACUCUUAUCCUGUGGGACCUAUAGUGCUUGGUUUCUUCAUAUUUGUUGUGAUAGGAUCCUCUUUGUUUCAGAUAAUUCGCACAGCAACAAGUGGAGGCAUGGCUUGAAGUUGAGGAGGGUAGGUUGGUUUGUUAAAGCUAAAGUUGCCUUUUAUGUAAGCUAAACAAGUCGUCAUAUGUUGAAGAAGUGAUUCCUUUUGUUGUGACUCAUAUAUACAUAUAUACAUACAUAUUAUAUA